GGGAGUCCGGGUGGGCGGCCUGCAAGCGGCCUGGGCCACAGUAGGUCCGGGGGCGGGACCGAGGGAAGGCUGUGGCCCGGCCCGCAGGCUGGUGGUCCCCCGCAUCAGGGUCUGGCCACUUUGUGCUUUUGGGCUGCGUGGCCUUGCGGACGAGGGGUGUGUGCACGCGCGGCGAUGCCCUUGAGCGCGCGGGCAUGUGCCUUGCAGGGACUGCGUGUACCACGACCACACCCCGGGGGGGUCCUUUGUGUUUCACGGCGGAACCACGCCCCUUUCUCCCACGAAAGACCUGCUUCAACGACCCCCGCUGGAGAAGUUCCUUUUACCCGUUCCCGACCCCGCAGAGAGUUUUGCAGAACAGGGGAGGCACACGGUCCAAGGUCCUUUUACUCUCAGAAGAUGGGCAGAUCCUGGCAGAAGUGGAUGGACUCAGCACAAACCACUGGCUGAUCGGGACAGACAAGUGUGUGGAGAGGAUCAACGAGAUGGUGAACAGGGCCAAACGGAAAGCAGGGGUGGAUCCUCUGGUACCUCUACGAAGCUUGGGCCUAUCCCUGAGCGGUGGGGAGCAGGAGGACGCGGUGAGGAUCCUGAUCGAGGAGCUGAGGGACCGAUUUCCCUACCUGAGUGAAAGCUACUUAAUCACCACCGACGCCGCCGGCUCCAUCGCCACAGCUACGCCGGAUGGUGGGAUCGUGCUCAUCUCUGGGACAGGCUCCAAUUGCAGGCUCAUCAACCCUGAUGGCUCUGAGAGUGGCUGCGGUGGCUGGGGCCACAUGAUGGGGGACGAGGGCUCAGCCUACUGGAUUGCACACCAAGCAGUGAAAAUUGUGUUUGACUCCAUCGACAACCUAGAGGCGGCUCCUCAUGACAUUGGCUACGUCAAACAGGCCAUGUUCAGCUAUUUCCAGGUGCCAGAUCGGCUAGGAAUCCUCACUCACCUGUAUAGGGAUUUUGAUAAAUGCAGGUUUGCUGGGUUUUGCCGGAAAAUUGCAGAAGGUGCCCAGCAGGGAGAUCCCCUUUCCCGUUAUAUCUUCAGGAAGGCUGGGGAGAUGCUGGGCAGGCACGUUGUGGCAGUGUUGCCUGAGAUUGACCCGGUCUUGUUCCAAGGGGAGAUCGGCCUCCCCAUCCUGUGUGUGGGCUCUGUGUGGAAGAGUUGGGAGCUGCUGAAGGAAGGUUUCCUUUUGGCGAUGACCCAGGGCAGAGAGAUCCAGGCCCAGAGCUCCUUCUCUAGCUUCACCCUGAUGAAGCUGCGGCACUCCUCCGCCCUGGGCGGGGCCAGCCUAGGGGCCAGGCACAUCGGGCACCUCCUCCCCAUGGACUACAGCGCCAAUGCCGUUGCCUUCUACUCCUACACCUUCUCCUAGGGGGCUGGCCCAGGCUCACCCCCUCCAAGCCCAGUGGACAUUGGGUGCUGGAAGGGAGGAAGCUUUUUCUUCUUUUCCUUUUUUUAAAAAAGAGAAACACCUAUAGAAGAAAAUAAACGCACUUUACCCAC